AGGCAUUGAAUUUUAUUUGAUUUUAAAACAUUUUUUUAAUUCUUCUUCAUUCUUCUGGAUGAGUACUUUUGCCUAAUCUCAUCAAGCCGAUCAGAAAUUGCAGAGAACUCAGCCCUAUUUGCGGCUUUGAUUUCCAAAGAUGAUGCUAAGAUCAUACACAAACCUUUUAGAUUUGGCCACAGGCAAUUUCCCAACAAUGAAGAGGGAAGGAAGACGAAUGCCGAGGGCAAUGUCUGUACCUGGGAACAUAUGCGUUCUUGACGAUCAACAGUCCCAUCACAGCGCUGCAUUCUCUGACAAUCCGUCCUCACUUUCCAGUGAUAGGAUGAUCAUUGUCGCGAAUCAGCUGCCACUUAAAGCUACAAGAAACGCGGACGAUAAAGAAUGGAUUUUUACCUGGAAUGAAGAUUCUUUGCUGUUGAGACUCAAAGAUGGGUUGCCAGAAGACAUGGUGAUCAUAUACGUGGGGUGUUUAUGCAUCGAUGUUGAUCCAGUGGAGCAGGACGAUGUUUCUCACCACCUACUGGAGAAGUUCAGAUGCAUCCCCACAUUCCUUCAGCCAACUGUUCUUGAAAAGUAUUAUGAGGGCUUCUGCAAGAAACACCUAUGGCCUCUUUUCCACUACAUGUUGCCCUUCUCCCCGGAUCAUGGGCCCCGCUCUGACCGUUCUCUGUGGCAGGCAUAUGUUUCGGUCAACAAGACUUUUUCCCAGAAAGUGGUGGAGGUUCUUAAUCCGGAUGAAGAUUUUGUUUGGAUCCACGAUUAUCACUUGAUGGUGUUGCCCACAUUCUUGAGGAGGCGGUUCAACCGGUUAAGAAUUGGUUUCUUCUUCCACAGCACUUUCCCUUCUUCUGAGAUUUACAGGUCUCUACCUGUUAGGGAAGAGAUUCUGAAGGCUCUGUUAUGUUCGGAUCUCAUCGGUUUCCACAAUUUUGAUUACGCGCGCCAUUUCCUCUCUUGCUGCAGCAGGAUGCUGGGGGUGGAGUAUCAUUCGAAAAGGGGUUAUAUUGGGAUGGAGUACUAUGGUAGGAUUGUUGGUGUAAAGAUUAUGCCCAUUGGAGUCCACAUGGGACAAAUCGAGUCGCUGAUGAGGCUUGCAGAGAAAGAAACGAAACUUGGAGAGCUUAGGAAACGAUUUGAAGGGAAAACUGUGUUGCUUGGGGUUGAUGACAUGGACAUCUUUAAAGGCAUCAACUUGAAGCUUCUAGCUAUGGAACACAUGCUCAAACAACACCAAGAAUGGCAAGGGAAGGCUGUUUUGGUCCAGAUUGCCACCCCUCCCAAAGGGAGAGGGAUCGAUUUGGAGGAGAUCAAAUCUGAAAUCCAAGAAAGCUGUAAGAGAAUCAAUGGAGAAUUUGGAGAAGAUGGGUAUGAACCUGUUGUUCUCGUCGACUCACUCAUAUCAAGCAGUGAAAAAAUGGCUUAUUAUAACAUUGCAGAAUGUCUUGUCACCACACCUGUAAGGGAUGGGAUGAACCUGAGGCCAUAUGAGUACGUUAUUUGUAGGCAAGGAAUACCUGGUGGUGCAGAAACAGACUUGGGCUCGGGCUUUGGUGAGCCCAAGAAGAGUGUUUUGGUCUUAUCCGAAUUCAUUGGGUGUUCACCUUCGCUUAGUGGGGCAAUCCGGGUCAACCCGUGGAACAUUGAAGCUACUGCUGAGGCAAUGAAUGAGGGUAUCUCGAUGGGUGAAGCAGAGAAACAGCUCAGGCACGAGAAGCAUUAUCGCUAUGUCAGCACCCAUGACGUGGCGUACUGGUCUAGAAGCUUCUUGCAUGAUUUGGAGAAAAAAUGUGCAGAUCACUUCAGGAAAAGAUGCUAUGGUAUUGGGUUGGGGUUUGGUUUCAGAGUCGUGGCCUUAGACCCCAACUUCAGAAAGCUAUCAAUAGAUGAGAUUGUCUCGGCUUAUGUUAAGGCAAAUAACAGAGCAAUGUUGCUGGAUUAUGAUGGAACUGUUAUGCCUCAGAGUUCUAUCAUAAAAUCGCCUAGUGCACAAGUCCUCACCAUUUUAAACAAAAUCUCUAGUGAGAAGAAGAAUGCAGUGUUUAUAGUUAGUGGGAGAGGAAGGGAAAGCUUAAGCAGCUGGUGUUCACCUUGUCAGAAGCUGGGGCUUGCAGCAGAACAUGGCUACUUCAUGAGGUGGACACAAGAUGGUGAAUGGGAAGAGGCGAGUCAGAACUGCGACCUUGGAUGGAUGCAACUUGCUGAACCAGUGAUGCAAUCGUAUACAGAUGCAACAGAUGGGUCUUGCAUUGAAAAGAAGGAAAGUGCGAUCGUGUGGCAGUACAUUGAUGCAGACCCCAGUUUUGGGUUUUCUCAGGCCAAGGAGAUGCUUGAUCAUCUUGAGAGUGUUUUAGCCAACGAACCUGUUGCUGUCAAAAGUGGGCGCUCCAUCGUAGAAGUCAAGCCACAGGGAGUUACCAAAGGAUUGGUUGCAGAAAAGGUAUUCACAAAGAUGGCAGAACAAGGGAAAGCAGCAGAUUUUGUGCUUUGCAUUGGGGAUGACAGAUCAGAUGAAGAUAUGUUUGAAAUGAUUGAUAUUGCACUCUCUAGAGAUAUCCUCUCCCAAAGUACAAAGGUUUUUGCCUGCACUGUUGGACAGAAGCCCAGCAAAGCCAAAUACUAUCUGGAUGACCCCUCCGAGGUGAUACUCAUGCUUCAGUCUCUAACUGAGGUCACCUCCGAUGAUGAUAACAAAUAAAGUCGAAAUUCUGCUUAAAUGGAUCCCUCUUCAUGGCUGAGAAAGGGAGAAGUCUUGUUGUUUAUCAAAACUUUGAAGAGAUAGUAAAAGUCCUGCAGACUGAAGCAAAUUAUGAAUUGAAUCCCUAGAAAAAUAAUCAGUGCACCCAGUACUCUUUUCUUAUUCGGGCAUGCACAAUUUUGCUCGUUAAGGCGCUGAGCCUACUCUAACAGCUAAAGGCCAUGCACUGCUAUUUAGAAUACUCAUUGUAUCAUUGUAUGUUAGCUCUUUCCUGGUUAAAUUGAAUCCACAAAGAAAUUGUCUAAAUAAUA